AUGGCUCCCGCUCAGCAGAUCAUCGUCAACGCGGGUGGCCGGGCCACCAUCGUGGCCCCCGCCGACAAUCGCCCCCGGGCACUGCGGAGGAAGGACCUGAAGAAGGUCCAAAAGAAAAAGCAGGCCCGCAAAGGGCUAGAGAGCAAGGUCGCCUCCCACGAGGAGCUGCUGCGCGAGGCCGAGCGCCUCGAAAGGGCGGCCGCGGCGGAGGAGGCGGAGGUGAGGCGAAAGCGGGAAAAGGCCGCGGAGCUGCGGCAGAAGGCCGAGGCCCAGAACAAGGGCGGGGAUGAGGGGGUGGCUCUCGCGGUGAGAGUGAAGGAGACCGCCGAGCAGGAUCAUCAGAUGCAGUAA